AACGUCAGACGUCGCGCGCCAAGCGCACAGUACGGAAGGGCUGCAUAUGUUGACAAUACUUUAUUUUAUUACUCAUACAUUGUGUUUGUGAUAGUAACAACCAAAUUAUUGUUUGUACAACAAAUGUGAACUUUUAGUGAGGCCCAAAUAGUUUGUUUUGAACUGAAGUGUCAGUGCUUUGCGUCAUUUGGAUUAAUUUACAUUUUACACAACGAUUUUUCAUGGUAAUUAUUGGUUUGUGUGAAAAGUUGGUAAAAGACAUGACCAGUGAAAACAAAGACGAUAAAUCAGUGAAGGGAGCUGGGGGAUGAACGAUGCUGGUGCGGGGGUGCGCGGGGGGUGAGUUACGGCAUUCAUUGUCGGAGAAGACGAAGGCUCUAGCUGCAAAGUGCCAUGCUCUAAGGUCACCAGCGCGUGAACAACGCGGUACUGAGCGCCGCCGCACCAGACAACGCAAGUCGCAGACAAGGUGGUAUGUGAAGCAGCCGACAUGGCGGUUGUGGGGCGAGGAGCGAGUAGAUGGGGCGAUUUAUACUGUUUACUUGAAGAAAGUACGUUACCAUCGGCCGACGCGCUGCGCUUCCAGUGAGUCUGAUGACGAGAUCUCACAUUUGGAGUGGGAGACAGUUCGAGUGAGAUUUGUUAAAGCUGGUACUGUUGAUCGCCUCGUUGAGGCAUUAGCCACUGACGAUGGCGAGUUGGAGUCCACUUAUGUCAAUGUAUUUCUCGCUACAUACAGGUCAUUCGCGGAGUGCGGUAAAGUCCUCGACUUGUUACUCGGUCGGUAUGAAAACCUCGCAGCCGAUGACGCGCUUUCUACUGGGACGGAAAACUCACAGCAACAUAGAAAGACUCUGGUCGCGUGUCUCCAUGUCUGGCUGGACACGUAUCCUGAGGACUUUCGUCAACCCCCGCACCACCCCGCGCUGCAGCAGCUCCUCACCUUCACUCAGAUACACCUACCUGGUUCUGAACUACAUUCGAAGGUGUUGCAGAAGCUAGCAAUAUUCAGUGCGGAACGAAAUGGAAGUGUCGGCGGUAGUGGCGUGUGCCUCGCUCCUGGCAUGCGUCUGCCAGCUCACCACACCACCUCAUACCGAAUGCCCCACGUGCCCCACCGACACUUCGCAGAACAACUCACCAGAAUGGACAUGGAGUUGUUCAAGAAGUUAGUCCCCCAUCAGUGCCUCGGCGCCAUCUGGUCCCGCCGAGACAAAGACCGCUCCCACGACGCAGCCACAGUGCUUGCUACGAUCAAUCAGUUCAAUGCCGUCUCUUUCCGUGUCAUAUCCACAGUUUUAGUCGAACCGAACCUCAAACCUCUAGAGAGAGCGGAUAUCCUAGCUACGUGGCUAGAUAUCGCCAGAGAACUGAGAGUGCUUAAAAACUUUUCUUCCUUAAAGGCCAUAAUUUCGGGGCUGCAAAGCAACCCCGUGUACAGAUUAAGAAAAACCUGGGCGCUCCUCAACAAAGAGAAAGCGGAGCUGUUCGAAGAGUUAGCGAGAAUUUUUAGUGAAGACAACAAUCGAUGGGCGCAAAGAGAACUCUUGAUGAGAGAAGGCACGGCCAAAUUUGCUGACACGGUUGGGGAAAACGAUAGACAAUUACAGAAGUUACUUCACGAGCGCGGAUCUCCGGGAGUCAGCCAUGGAACGAUACCAUAUUUGGGCACAUUUCUAACAGAUCUUACAAUGAUCGAUACAGCGAUUCCCGAUACCGUUGCAGAUGGAUUAAUAAAUUUCGACAAGAGACGAAAAGAGUUUGAGGUGCUCGCACAGAUCAAGUUGCUCCAAGGUGCAGCGAAUGCAUAUCACUUACCCACCGACCCCAUGUUUGAUCGCUGGUUUGAUUCUGUCAUAAUCUUGGACGAUAGAGAAGCGUAUCAGCUUUCGUGUCAAAUAGAGCCUCAAACCAAUGCACCGAAAGAACGGCGCCCGAAGAAGAAUGAGAAUAAUAACGGUCACAGGAAGAAUGAUUCAAUAGCCAGUACUAGUUCGAGUAACAGCUCUCAGUUUUACUGCGAAACAGAUGGUGUAGGGACGUGGAAGAGAGACAGUUUGGAGCGACGGUCUUCUCCUACGAGAUUAUCUCACGGUUCUUCAUCAUCAUCGAUACCAUCUCUGGACGUGUCGUUGUCUAGUGCUAACAGUGGUCCGAAGCAACUCAACGGAAAAGUAGCCAAUAGCCCUGCGCAUGCGACUCGAAAUGGGCCAGAUUUUUAUAUAAUACGAGUGACGUAUGAGUCCGAUUGUGUUGAAACAGAGGGCGUGGUUUUGUACAAGUCGAUAAUGUUGAGUAAUAACGAGAGGACGCCACAAGUCAUAAGAAAUUCUAUGCUCAAGUUGAAUUUGGACGGUGACCCUGAUGGGUAUACUUUGGCUCAAGUUUUGCCGGAAAGAGAAAUGGUGCUCCCAGCAAACGCGAAUGUCUACUACGCCGUCAACACAGCAUAUAACCUAAACUUCAUCUUAAGACCUAGGAGACCAGAGACUGACGUAGUUGUUAAUGGUAAAACAAAGAACAAACGUGCUUGACUGUGCCUCGAUGUUUUCUGUAUUUAGAAGACAAAAAAAGUAUUUAUUAAAAAAAGGUUUUAUAACUGCAAGACUGGACUCAGACUGGCUUCUUGCUUUAUUAAUUUGGAUAAUUUGCGAAUCUAAAGCUAAUAUUGCUAAUUAAAAUACCAUGCCAUAUAAAAUUCAUUUCAGCACAAAUAUAUUUAUUUGUAUGUAUUUCUUGCUCUUAUGUACUUAAUAGGAUAUUUGUUAAUAUAGAUGUAGAAGUUUUGAAUGCCACCAAUAACGCUAGGUUCUAUUUAUGAAUAAUUUUUUGUAAUAUAUCUGAAUAUUUGUAUAUAAUGAAUACGCGGAUAAGAAUCUCAAAUAAGUAUACAUUAUAAAGUAGCAACCCAAGAGUUACAGACACUAUUAUCUGUAUUUUUGAAGAUAGUCACAUUGGCAUAGACAAAAAUCUUUUUUUAAUUUGAUUUGUCUAUGCGUUUUGCUUUUACUAUGUUUAAAAACCUUUUGAGUCAGAAAGACUUGGCCUCAAACAAAAAAACACACAGAGAGAUACAAAAAUACUUUCAAAAACAAAAUACAUCUACGACUGUAAGGUUUAGCUUCCCUCCUCUAUUAUUUUAUAUUAAUUAGGCUCAACAGUAUUUUUAUAGAAAGUGUAUUUGUCUUAUUUAUUACAAUAUCAGCGACCCGGGAGUGAGCAAGAUAGGACGAUAGUAAGAUAUAAAAAAUCAUAUUUUUUUUAUGUCUAUCAAGGCAAUCUUUAAUUUCAGACUAGUCAAAGUCCGGUUUUACAUUUCACUGUAUAAUUUACUUUUUCAUAUGUUGACAUCAAAACUCUGUAAUUUAAGAAUAUGUUGUCUGUAUCUCUUGGGUUGAAUAAGUGAGCCAAAGGCGUGUUAUGUCUAUUAAAGCAAGGUGCUGUCUCUCUGUAUAUUAUGAAGCUUUAAAAUUAAAUUGUGAAUCCGAAUUUGAAUAAUUUUAACAGCAAUGAUUAAAUACUCCUUUAUCUAAUCAAUUGUAUUAACUCAGACAUUUUUAAUUAGACAGCGCUGAAAUAAUGUUGUUGGAAGACGUAAUCAAAGCCGCCCUUUAUAAUAGCAGUGUUAUUCUGUAAACACAUUAUCCGAUUUCUGUUUUUUUUUCAAUAAUUGGCACAAAUACUCACAAUAAGCCACCAGUUACCAUGAAAUUACAUGGUAUGGAAGCUUGAAAUCGGAUUCACUGUAGUUACAGGGUAUGCCUGCUGGUGCGGGAAAUCGCAACCGUUAUUAAAGAUCUUGUCUCCCAGUAUCAUCAUGACAUAAAAACAAAAUGCAUUUGUAAAAACAACGUGCCUAUAGUAAUGUGUAAAAGUCGUUUUCAAAUACUCUACAAUAAAGACUAGGAAACUUUGUAAACCUUUAUCUGUACUGUUUUAUUGUAGUUUUUGUAAAUAACUUUGUAGCUAUUUUAAUGGUUAUUCAACACUAGUUUCGUGUUGGUGUUGUGUAUCUGUAAUUAAAAGUUAUUAAUUAUU